AUGGCCGCGUCGCUGAUGCUCUGUUACCUGCCGUCGAGAUUCCGAGCAGCGGUAACUGUUGUUAUCAAAAACUACCGUCCACCCGCCGAUGUAGCCGAGCUGGGUGUACUGCCCUGGACACGAGAGCGCACCGGGAAGGGGUGUCUCGAUGGAAUGCAAUUUCGACAGUCUUGA